CAUCAGUUGGGUUAGGUUGUUUGGUUCGGGUCUGUCUUGUCGUGCAGUCCACAGUGUCGCAGCACGGCGUUUCGUCAGAUUCUAUGGGUGUGUCGUCUGUAUUUCAGCCCAAAGCGAGUCCGGGCAUCGCCAGCACUAAGAUGAAGAUGUUCAAGAAAGUGAAGAAACGUCUCGGAAUAGGCCGUGUAAGCAGUGGACCAAACCCUGCAAGCAACUUGCCGCCGUUGCAGUUCCAUCCUGUCCAUGGAGAGAAUGUGAGAUUGUACCGCGAUGGUAGCGUCGCCAAGAGGACCGAGAGCUUCUGCAAGGGGCUCGCCUUCUCUGCCAGACCCGUCAGGCUACAAGAAAAGAUUUGCAUCAAGUUCCUCGAAGUCUCAACGAAUUGGAGUGGUGUCCUUAGGUUUGGGUUCACAUCUAAUGACCCAGGGACCCUCCGUUACAAUCUUCCCAAGUAUGCUUGCCCAGAUCUUACCAACAAACCCGGUUAUUGGGCUAAAGCUCUUGCAGAAAGGCUGUGUGAGAGGGAUGCUGUUCUCUUCUACUAUGUCACUGCUGCUGGUGAUGUCCAUUUCGGUGUAAAUGGAGAAGAGAAAGGCAUAUUUUUCUCCGGUGUGGAUACCCGUGGGCAACUUUGGGCCAUGCUUGAUAUAUACGGGAAUUCGACGGCAGUUGAAUUUGUGGAUUCUAAUCAUCAUCUUAACAAUUCUAGGAGACAUGGUGAUGAUGAAGUUGACCGCAUUAUAACCCCUGCUUUGGCGAAUGUGUCUUUGCAACCCCAACCAGUCACACCUCAACCUGUGGCAGCAGACACCCAUCCUGCAGAAAUUCCUCCACUAAGGUUUCAACACCACAACAGCAAGUUCACACCUUUCCCAUUUCAUAGGGUUCGAGGGCGUAACAUAAGACUUUCUACUGAUAGGACUGUUGCUAGCAGAUUAGAAACAGAAUUUUGUAAUGGUUAUGUCUUCACUGCCAGGCCAAUCCAGCUUGGAGAGCGGCUAGUAAUUCAGGUACUGAAUACAGAACCUCACUAUAUGGGAGCACUGACCCUCGGGCUUACCUCUUGUGAUCCAGCUACUCUUGACCCCCAUCGUGACUUACCAGAAGACCCUGACUGCUUGCUUGAUCGACCAGAAUAUUGGGUUCUAUCAAAAGACCUUGCUGGGUGGGCUCCCCAACCUGGCGAUGAACUUUCAUUUACUGUUACCAGAAGAGGAGAAGUCGUUGUCUCCAAAAAUUCAGGUCCACAGGUUACUGUGAUGCACGUGGAUGAGUCUCUGACACUGUGGGCUUUUCUGGAUGUUUAUGGAUCAACGCAAAGAGUUAGGUUAAUGUCUCAUAUACCUCAACAACAGCCACCUCCAGCUCCUCCAGUCCAACAAAAUGUAUCUCCACCUAGAAGAGGAGCCCCCCAGGAUCAAUGUUGUCCAGUUACCGUUGCUACUGCACCUGGUGUGGGAGGUGGAACAGUACUAGUCGUCAGCCUGCCUCCACCAGGAGUCAGGCCCCCACCAGCAUCCCAUCAGUCACAAGUGGCUGUCUACAGUCCCACCUACAUCGAGCCUGUGAGCGGAGCAGGUUUUGGUCCUAGUCCAAGUACCGACCGAACUCCUCCUCCAGACCUAAGGCAUUGGGCCGAGACUUUGAGGCCUGGAAGUGGUGGAGAAGGACCAGACUGUUCUGUCUGUUAUGAACGACAGGUGGACUCCGUCCUAUAUACAUGUGGUCAUAUGUGUAUGUGCUAUGACUGUUCGCUCCAACAGUGGAGGGGGAAGGGAGGCGGCCAUUGCCCAUUAUGUAGGGCAGUCAUACGAGAUGUUAUACGCACAUUCAAAUCAUAGCCCUGGCCCAUCUAGUAUGAUGCCUAACUUUUACAAGAAGGGAUUCUUAUUUCUCUUGAGUUGUUAAUUUGAAAAAACUUGCUACAUUCAAUGAACACUUCAGGAAAAAAUAAAUGUUUAUUGGAGCUAUAUUAAACGGUGUCAAAACAAAUAGUUUUCUGUUAAUUCUGUUUUUAUAGAGGUGAAUAGUAAAAACUAGUCUAAAGGUUUUAUUAAAUUUCUUUUUCUUUUGUUUUGUUUUUUAAAAUGUAUACUCCAAUAAAUAUUUAUUUUUUAUUAUUUAAUUAUUAUUUUAUUGUUGUAAUCUGAAAUGAGCUUUUUAAAUGCUCUGUCUGAUGUUAUAUUAAAUCAACAGAUAAAUUUUUAUAUUAUUUGAUCAACCUGUGAAAAGAACAAUAUUUUAUACAAAUUAUGUAUGCACAACAUGUAUUCUUUAGUAAAUUGAAUGAAAAGGUCAUCAAGUUUUCUUCUUAUUUAAGAGCUUUAAGAUGUUGACAAUUGUUCUGUUAAAGUAACCUGAAUAGUUAUCGAAUCAAUUGUUCAUGUUUUUAAGCUCUGUUUGUUAUGCUGUGUUUUUUUGGUGUACAGAACUAAUAUGUUCGACUAUUUGUUCUAAUUAGUUUGAGGUGCAAUCUUCUCGAGAGAAAUUGUUGAGUUAACCUUCUACCAUUGUAAACCAAAGAAGAGUUGAGGUAAAGGCCUACGACCUCUUAUUAUUAGUCCAAUUUUUCAUUUUUUUAGAAUUAAAGUUCAUAAUUUAUCUAUAUACCUCAUGUUGGCUCGAAAUCAUUCUUUAGCCCUUUUUAGUCAGUUUUUAUUUUAUUUUUAAAUUAUCAUGUUUACUUAUUUAUUUUUAUUAUAGAAGGGCUAUAGAUGUGACUGUAAUUAUAGCCAACCAUAUUUAUUCCUAUUAUUACUACUAUGUAAUUAAAGAAUAUAUAAUCUAUGUUUAUAGUGUAAGUUAUCGAAACAUAUACUUCCACUUUUUACUUUUUCUAAAAAUGUGAAAUUAUAAAAAAAAAAUAGUUGAAACGAAUUGACUUAUUGUUUAAAAUAUUUGCUUAAUUGUUGACUUAAAAGUGUUGUCAUAACAUACCAAGUUGUUUGUUAUUCUAUUAUUAGCUUUUUGCUAUUGAUGGUAAUUUUUUUAUUAUUAUUAUUAUUAUAUUGUGAGGAUAUCCAUAUGUAUUUUCUAGUCAUCGAAUUAUGAAGAGUCUAUUGUUCGUUGAACGGACAUCUAUAUGAUAUACUUUUAUUUUGCCCCACUGUUGGUAUUAUUAUUGUAAAUAAAUUAAUUUCUUUUCAAAAUAGAA